CAGCACCAGCAUCCCCGCUCCGCUGAAAUAGCCACUGGAGAAGGAGGGGAAGGAGAGGGGGGGAGAAGAGGACACAGGGAAGAAAGAGAGAGAGAAAAGCGGAGCCUUGUAGCCCACCGCACUGUGUCGGCAUCAGGCUAGAAAACUCGGGGGAAACCCACCCCCUUGGGAGAGGAUUUGGAGACAAAGGAAGCUUCAUGUUCAAAGGGCCAGUGGAGAGCAAAAACGAAGCAGCCAUGUCUGAGCUGGUCCCAGAGCCACGACAAAAACCAGUGGUACCGAUGAAACCCAUGGGCAUUAACGCCAACUUGCUGGGCUACAUUGGUAUUGACACCAUCAUUGAGCAGAUGCGCAAGAAAACCAUGAAGACGGGUUUCGACUUCAACAUCAUGGUUGUAGGUCAGAGCGGACUGGGAAAGUCGACGUUGGUGAACACCCUCUUCAAAUCCCAGGUGAGCCGCAAAUCUUCAGGCUGGAACCGGGAGGAGAAGAUUCCCAAGACGGUGGAGAUCAAAGCCAUUGGGCACGUCAUUGAAGAAGGUGGUGUCAAAAUGAAGCUGACAGUGAUCGACACGCCAGGAUUCGGAGACCAGAUCAACAACGAGAACUGCUGGGAGCCUAUUGAGAAAUACAUCAACGAGCAGUAUGAAAAAUUUUUGAAAGAGGAGGUGAAUAUUGCAAGGAAGAAACGAAUUCCAGACACACGAGUGCACUGCUGCCUCUACUUCAUCUCCCCGACAGGCCACUCCCUGCGGCCUUUGGACCUGGAGUUCAUGAAACAUCUCAGCAAGGUAGUGAACAUCAUCCCAGUUAUUGCCAAAGCUGACACCAUGACCUUGGAGGAGAAGACUGAAUUCAAACAAAGAGUGCGCAAAGAGCUAGAAGUAAAUGGGAUCGAGUUUUACCCCCAGAAAGAAUUUGAUGAGGACUUGGAGGAUAAAACAGAGAACGACAAAAUCAGGCAGGAAAGCAUGCCCUUCGCAGUAGUGGGCAGCGACAAGGAGUACCAAGUGAACGGCAAAAGAGUCCUGGGCAGGAAAACACCAUGGGGAAUCAUUGAAGUGGAAAACCUCACUCACUGUGAAUUUGCCCUACUUCGAGAUUUUGUCAUCAGGACCCACCUUCAGGACCUAAAAGAAGUGACCCACAACAUCCACUAUGAGACCUACAGGGCCAAGAGGCUGAAUGACAAUGGAGGGCUGCCACCCAUGACUGUCGAGACAGAGGAAAACCACGAAAGUAACCUGUGAAUGAUACACCCCACCUCCCGCUGUCACCCAGUGUCUCUGGAUACGACAACCCACCCCUGCUACCCUUGACUCUGCCAUGGGCCUGUCUCUGAAGUGUGUGGUGCAUCCUCUGUGUGCGUGAAAGGAUGUGAGCGUGAGUGUGUGCAUGUGUGCGUGCACCUACCUAUGUGCCAGAGAGGGACCAAAGGUAUCUCUCCCAUCCUUCCCAGAGUGUCCUCAUUCUCAGUUUUGUUUUUUGCACAGCGGACUGUCCGUCAUCUUCCUUUCUCUCAUUUCUGUGUCUCAGCUGUGUGUCUUCCCUGGGCAAAAUAGGGAUGGGGGGAAGGAUUUCUGGGGGUAGGAGGGCUUUGGAGGUGGGAGGUGUGGGGCAUGCUGUGGUUCUGUUUUAAUCACUUGGAGAUAUGGCAAGGAGAGACUCCAGG